AUGAGGACCGCCCUCGCCGCUGCUUUCCUGAGCUUCUCAGCCCUGGCGUCUGCCCAUGGAUAUGUCCAGCAGAUCUGGCUGGGCGAGAAUCUCGUCGAUGCUUGGAAUCCCUACAAGGACCCCCAGAAGUCGGGAGUGAACAAAAUCACCCGCAAGUUCAAGGACAACGGACCUGUGACAGACGGCCUGUUCACUACAGAUGCUAUUACAUGCAACAUCGGCAUUGACGGCAAGAACAAUGUGCCAGCGAACAAGACGGCCGAGGUUGCUGCAGGCAGCACCGUCAAAUUCAUGUGGACUGAGUGGAAGAGCGACCAUCCUGGCCCCGUCAUGACAUAUCUGGCGAGCUGUGGUGGCUCAUGCAGCAAGUUCUCGGGAAGCACUGGCAAAGUCUGGGUCAAAAUCGACCAGGCUGGCUACGAUGCAUCUGAGUCCAUCCCAUGGGCUAGUAAGAGGUUGCCGGAGCAGAACAGCACAUGGACGGCGAAGCUGCCAUCAUCGAUAGCUCCUGGUGAAUAUCUGCUCAGACACGAGAUUCUCGGACUUCAACGAACAAAUAAAAACGGUUCGCUGGCGCAAUUCUAUCCUAACUGCCACCAAAUCACUGUCACUGGCAGCGGCACCACCAAAUUGCCAGAGGGGAUCGCUUUGCCGGGUGCUUACCAGCCAGAUGACACCACUUCUAUCUUCCUGGAGUAUCGUGACAUUUCUGCCACUAAUCCAUACACCCCUCCUGGUGGCCCCGUCUGGGGUGAUGAUGGCUGGGCAAGCUGA